AUGCAGGCCAGGUUUGAUUCUGCCGUCAUCUCGCAUUUGCUGCACAUACAACGUCUCACUACUGACUACCUAAAACACUUUGUUUUUUUGUUUCGUUCUGCAUCUUUUUCUCUUCACAAUACCCAAGAAACUUUCACCGCAACCAUAUACCCCGCAUUUUGUCUGGAGAAAAUGGCAGGCAUAAUCAUCCUCGACUUUGACGGCACCAUCACGACUGCUGACACGAUCAACACCCUGGCUUCAUUGCCGACAUCUCACCACCCGGGGGAAGUGACGGAGGGGCAUGAGAAGCUGUGGGAGGAGAUUGUGGAGGGGUAUGUGGCUGAUCAUGCGGAGCACACCAAGAAUUAUGUGCCCGAGGCCAAAGGGAGGACCACGCUGGGGCAGGAGUUGGAGUAUCUUGAGAGUUUGAGGGGGCCAGAGGGGGUGUCGAUUGGGAGGGUUAGUCGGGGAUCACUUUUUGCAAACCUUAGAGAGGAGGACUUUCGGGUGUUUGGGCAGAGGAUCGUGGAGAAUGGGCGGGGAGGGGAGGGAGAAGAGGAGAGGGUGGUUUUGAGGAGGGGGUUCAAGGAGUUUGUGGGACGGUGUCGAGAGAAUGGCUGGGAGAUUGGGGUUGUGAGUGUGAAUUGGAGUCGGGAUUUUAUCAUGGGGGUUAUAAGUGAGCAGUGCGGCGGGUUGGAUGGGGUUAAGGUGGUGGCGAAUGGGAUUAGAUACCCAGAGGGGACGAUUGAAGGGCCGAAGGAGCUGGGGAGGGAGGUGAUGAUGACGGCGGGGGAUAAAUUGAGGGGGAUGGAGUUGUUGUCAAAGGAAGGAGGGGAGAGGAAACGGGUGGUGUAUUUUGGGGACUCGACCACGGAUUUGGCUUGUUUGGUGGAGGCGGAUUUGGGGGUUGUGGUUGCUGAUGAAGAGGAGGGGAAGUUGUUGGUUACGUUGAGGAGGAUUGGGUAUGGGGUGCCGCAUGUGGGGGGGGAGUAUAGGAGAGAAAAAGAUGGGAAGAAACAGGGGAUGGUGUGGGCGAGGGAUUUCGAGGAGCUCAUGAGGAGUGGUGUGGUUGAGGGGCUGCGGAGGUGA